AUGAAGUUUUACACUCAAAUUUCCAUCCGUGAGCAGUCUGGUUAUAGUGUAAAAAUCAGGACGUGUACCUGGCAGGAGGUUGGUAGCGCAUGCGCAGUGCUGCUGCGGCUGCUGCAGGUGUGUGAGGGUGGAGGUUUGGUGGAUGCGGUGAGUGAGCGGCGCGCGGAGGACAGUCACCGCAGGGAGAGCGCCAACCUGCUGACCUCCACCGUGCUGCUGAGCCUCACUAUCCUCACCGUGUGGAGCUUCAAACACCGCAGACUCACCUUUCUGCACGAGACUGGACUCGCCAUGGUCUACGGUCUGUUAGUGGGCGUGGUUUUGCGCUAUGCUGUACACUCUGAGCAAGAGGUCAGAAAUGCUACAGGUGUGUGUGUGUUGGAGUUGAGCCCCCCCUCCCUCGUAGUGAAUGUGAGUGGACGGUUUUAUGAGUACACACUGAGGGGGGAGGUUACUGAGGGAGACCACGCCCCCAACACUGAGCUACUCCGCAAGGCCACAUUCGACCCAGAGGUGUUUUUCAACAUCUUACUGCCACCCAUCAUUUUUCAUGCUGGCUACAGCUUAAAACAGAAACACUUCUUCAGGAAUCUGGGCUCCAUCUUGUCCUAUGCUUUUCUUGGAACUCUGAUUUCUUCAUUUGUUACAGGGUUGGUGAUGUACGGCUGUGUGGAGGUGAUGAAUACACUCGGUCAGCUUGAUGGUGAUUUCUUCUUCACUGACUGUCUGUUCUUUGGAGCAAUCGUCUCUGCCACAGACCCUGUAACAGUUCUUGCCAUCUUUAAUGAGCUGAAGGUAGAUGUGGAUCUGUAUGCACUGCUGUUUGGAGAAAGUGUGCUGAACGACGCUGUGGCCAUCGUACUGUCAUCAUCCAUUGUGGCGUAUCAGCCGUCGGGAGAGAGCACUCACUCGUUUGAUGGUGAGGCCAUGCUGUCAUCUCUCUGCACCUUCCUCGGCGUCUUUAGCGGCUCCUUCAUCCUCGGCGCUGCUACAGGAAUUGUGACUGCUCUGCUGACUAAGUUCACCCGGUUGAGGGAUUUCCCCCUGUUAGAGACAGCUCUGUUCUUUCUCAUGUCCUGGAGCACCUUCCUAUUGGCUGAGGCAUGCAACAUCACUGGUGUGGUUGCAGUGCUGUUCUGUGGCAUCACUCAAGCUCACUACACCUACAACAACCUGUCUAGUGAAUCCAAAAACCGUACGAAGGAGUUAUUUGAGUUGUUGAACUUCCUGGCUGAGAAUUUUAUUUUCUCCUACAUGGGUGUGACUCUGUUCACCUUCCAGCAUCACGUCUUCAACAUCGUCUUCAUCACUAGUGCUUUUUUGGCGAUAUUUCUGGGACGAGUGGCGAAUAUUUAUCCUCUGUCGUUCCUGCUGAACCUGGGCCGAACCAAUCACAUCAGCUCCCGCUUUCAGCACGUCAUGAUGUUCGCAGGGCUGCGAGGGGCCAUGACCUUCGCCCUUUCUAUUCGGGACACAAGCACUUAUGCAAGGAAGAUGAUGUUCUCCACCACACUCAUCAUCGUCUUCCUAACAGUGUGGGUGUGUGGGGGAGGGACCACGCCCAUGCUCGCCUUAAUGAAAAUCAGAGUCGGUGUAGAGGAAGAUCAGGAGAAUCUGGAGGAGGAGUGUGUGAGUGGGCGUGACUUUGCCUGGCCUUUCAGAUUGUGGUACAGAUUGGACCACAGAUAUCUGAAGCCUCUCCUCACACACACUGAUCAUCCCCUCACACACUCCUGCUGCACGCCACUGACACACUGCCUCACCCGUCAGCGCCGUCAGGCCUGUGUCUCUCAGCAGGAUGAUGGUGAUGAUGAUUCUGAGCUGAUUUGGAAUAACAGAUCCAGUCUCGUGUACAGUGAACUCCGUGACCUCAGUGACCUCAGCGACAUCAGCGACCUCAGUGACCUUGCUGACCCCUUCAUCUCCUCCAAUCAGAAGUCUUCUCAAUUACAUUCACACUGUAAUGAUUGUGAUGAGUCCUCGAACCCUCCACUUCAUCCUGAAACCGAGACCACACAGACCGCCGCUCCGACCCCUGAGUGUCAGAUCUCACAGUGCACUAAGUAGUGCACAUACAACAGCAGGCUGUCUCACUAAUCACUCCCUAGUGAACAUGUAGGACACUAGACAUGAUGUGCACUAUGUAGUGCACUAUGUAUCUGAUGAGGGGCAUUUGAGAUUGAUCUCCAUAUUUGUUAUGAUAUAAAAGCUCCUGAGCCCUGGGUAGUGCACACUAGGCUGGGUAAGGAGACGUCCUGAUUGGACACAGCUCCUUAUUGCUAAUGUAAAUGAUGAGAAAAAUGAAGUAUGCAGAAAUGGACAUGCUUGUUGUUUAAGGUGAUGUCACUUCCUGUGUUCAUUUAUCUGAAUGUUCCAGUUUGAUGUAAAAAUGUGUGGAUUAAACCCUUUUAUUGACACUG